UAUUUUAUUUAAUGCAAUUCUCUCAUUGACUUUUCAUGCAACUCCAAUCAUUUCCAUAUCCUUCAAAUCAAAAUCAUAAACUAUAUGCAAUUUGUCAGAAAUAUAUUCUUUGGAUAAUUCAAUUCCCUCAGAGAUUGAUUUGGAAAAAUUCUAUCUUUUCUAGUACAUUAGAAUAAGCUGGUAUUGGCUCAUGCCUAAUUUCAAGUGGAGGAUAUAAAUGAUCUGAUCUAGAAAGGGUAUAUAAAUACAUGGCUGUCCUCAGAUUAUAGUGGUAUUUCUUGAUUUUGGUUUUAAAUAUUUGAGGAUAUGGAGAUGAUACAUCAAGAAAAAUCUGAAAUCAAUGGUAUCAGCGGUAUACCAGGGUCAGGAUCUUGUUGCCUUUAUGAUCUCUUUUGCACUGAAACACCAAGUUUAAAUUCUCAAAGUCAAAGAGAGCGAUGGAUGUUAUCUGGUCCACAGGAAAGGUUAGACAAUCUGAUGCGUCAAGCAGGGAACAAGUUCUGUGCUGAUUGUGGAUCAUCAGAGCCAAAAUGGGUGUCUUCAAGUCUUGGAGUAUUUAUUUGCAUCAAGUGCUCUGGUAUACACAGAAGCCUAGGAGUCCAUAUAUCUAAGGUUCUGUCACUGAAUCUUGAUGAUUGGACAGACGAACAAGUUGAUUCAUUGGUCAACUUGGGUGGAAAUACACUAAUCAAUAAGAAGUACGAAGCUUGCGUGCCAAGUUACGUAAAAAAACCAAAACCGAAUUCUUCCAUUGAGGAGCGUUCUGAUUUCAUUAGGAGAAAAUAUGAGCUCCAACAAUUUUUGGAUUCCGAGGAGAAUUUGAUUUGUCCCUUUAUACCAUCCCACUCAAGAACAACUUCAUCCAGUCAUAGCAGUUCCUCAAGCUACAAUCCUCCACAAGAAAAAAAACGUUAUGAUAAACAAACAACUAGAAAUCGUAUUGGGCUAUCGUUUCGAAACAGCUGGGGAAGAAAAGAUUCUGAGAGUAAGAGUACAAAGAAGAGUAACUCGUUGGCAGGUAUGGUUGAAUUUGUUGGAUUGAUUAAGGUUAAUGUGGUUAAAGGCACUAACCUAGCUAUCAGAGAUAUAGUGACUAGUGACCCUUAUGUCAUCCUUUCUCUUGGUCACCAGUCGGUGAAGACGCGUGUUAUAAAGAACAAUUUAAAUCCUGUUUGGAAUGAAAGCCUAAUGCUGUCAAUCCCUGAGAACAUCCCUCCUCUUAAAAUAAUUGUAUACGACAAAGAUUCAUUCAAAAACGACGAUUUUAUGGGAGAGGCUGAAAUAGACAUUCAACCAUUAGUAUCAGCAGCAAAAGCAUAUGAGAAAUCAUCAAUCAUGGAGUCAAUGCAGCUUGGAAAAUGGGUAGCAAGUGGUGACAAUACACUUGUCAAAGAUGGAAUAAUUUCUCUUGAAGAAGGGAAAGUGAGACAAGAAAUUUCAUUGAGGCUACAAAAUGUUGAGAGAGGUGUUCUUGAAAUUCAGCUUGAAUGCGUUCCUCUUACUCAAUAGAUGAGAUAGGAGUUAUGAAGCACGGAUACGGAUACAGACCUAGAACACUGACACGCCGACACAGCUAAUAAUUUGAAAAAAUCACAUAAUUCAGUGUAAUUACAAGUGUUGGUGACGUGUCGGUGUUGGACACGACACGUGUCCGACACCGGGACACGCCUAAUCCGAGGAGUGUCCGUACUUCAUUAGGAGUAAAAGGGUCAUAAUGUAAAUUUGCAAAAUUACAUUUUUGAAGCAUUUAUUUAUCAGUGUAGAUUGUCCUGUCUCAGUCUCAGUUUUCACUUUGUAUAUUAAUUCUGUGAGACUGUGACCAUCCUUAUGUAGUAGAUUAAGAAAAUAUGAAUUAUCACUAAGGGUGUGUUUGGUUUGGAAGAGAAGUUGAGAAGAGAGAAGUAGGUAAGAGAGAGUAUGAGAAGAGAGAAAAAGAUGAGAAAUAGAGUAGAUUUGAUGUAUUGUUUAGUAUAAAAAGAAAGAGAGAAGAGAGAAGUAUAAUUGUAUUUUAAAUUGACAAUAGUAUCCUUUAACUUGUAAAACAAAACAAUUUUAUAUUAUUUAAUUUUUGUCUUAUAUGAGGCUUAAAAUGGAAAACCAUAUGCUGGAGCUCUUUCUCCACGCUUUCUCUCCAUCAAUGGAGAGAUUGAUUUUUA